AUGCUUUGGCUUCUUCGCUUGGGUCACAGAGGAAUGAUGCAAUCAGGCUGGUGGGCACUGGAUGCUGCUGCAACUUUUGGGACUGAUGUAUUGGGCGUGGUGCCAGUCGUGGGUCCAGCACUUGCAGCAUUUGGUUUUGCCCUGCAAGUCACAGGCAGGGUAAAGGCAGCUUCUGGGAACCUCCACCCUGCACAAUCCAGACUUGCAAGAAUCGCAAAGCACACAGUGGAGGUGCUGCACAGCAUUGUCCAGCAACAGGCUGAGGAUUGUUUUGCAGAGGUAUCAGAGUUGUUGGAGGUGAUCAAGGAGGGUGCCCGGCAGCUCGAAAGUUUUGAGAACUUGUCAACAGUGCAGAUUACUUUGCACGGAGUGUUCAAGGGCAUGGCAGGGCCAAUAGCAGUGAUGGAGUUGGCCAAGCAGCGUGAGCAGCGUCUGGGCUUCUGUGAGGUCCAUCGCAAGGAUGCCAAGAUGGGUGACCUGUCGAAGCAGCCAGCUGAAAGACAGCAACACAGCCCUGUCAUGGCCAGCAACUUUGGGCAAUUUGGAUGCUGCACAGCUGCUGUUGGACCAUGGUGCAAGCACUGA